CUUUUCCAUGCACUUUAAUUUACAACUUUAUCCCUGUGUCUAUUCCUGUCCAGAAUGUUUAUAACAAGACACGCUCUAUUAGCAAGUUUUUAUGCCCUCCUCGCUGUCAUGGGAUAUGCAGGCGCAACACUAUACCUCAGUGAUUCAACUGUGACUCUUGAAGAGCAACUGGUUGAAAGACGGCAACCGGGUGAGAUCGUCAACAAAUCACAUCAGAUCGGGAGACUUCUUGUUAAACGAAAAGGCCGCCAGCCUCCAAAAGAUCCAAAAGAAACGGCAAGAUUCUCAGCUCUUCAAUUGAAAAAAUUAAAGAAGAAAAUUGACGAUCAGUACAACGAUCUCGACGACAUGGUUUCGGGCAAGCUAAAAUUCAACGCAGGUAUAAUGAAUCGCAGAGUUGAUACAAUUAUACGUGUUCAAAAACGCGCACUUGGACCUAGAGAUAAGAUUUCCAUUGGUUUCCCAACCGACGAAGUCAAGUCGACAGUAAAAACGGUCAAUACGAAGCAAGACGUCUACUUGGCCUCUUUUGAGCAAUUGCGACUGGCAAAGGAUGGCCAAAGUUUACAAAAGGAACUCUUACCAGUAAAACAGCAGAGGGAUGAAAUUGUUAAUCGUAAGAACUAG